UCCAUUGAUCAAGAGAAUAAGAGAAUGCCAUCUACAAAAGGUACAAAUUUCACUGCUGGGAUUCAACGUGCCCAGUCACUCAUGGAGCAACACUGGAGCACGGAGCGAACUCCUGUCGUCAUCUUUCUAUCGGAUGGCCAGUGCUCUAUCGAGAACCGGACGGUUCAAGAUUUGUGUGGCGCUGCAGUCCGUCUUGGAAAAGCAUUAUCCUUCCACUCCGUGUCCUUUGGUCAAGACAAAUAUUCUUCACCAUUGAAAAGAAUGUUCCAGAUCGCUCUAAACGCCCAGAACAACGCCCCGCGAGACCCCUCGGUCUGUGCGGCACCCACAAUUCCGUCGUCGUACACGACAGCCUUAGAUACAGUUCAACUUGCUGAAACAUUCCUUGGAAUCGCUGAAUCGCUCACAAAACUCAGAGGGUCUCUCGUUCAUUAACAAGACAGACACGAUAGAAUUAUACAUCAAUGCCAUUUUGUCUUUGUGUCUGCAGAUGCAGAGGAUGUUCUCGAUCAUGGAUUCAAACUUGGAAGCAAUCGAUUGAUAUUGGUACUGC